UUUUAAAGCUCUCCCGCCAAUAUAGUUGACCGGUAACUACCGGUUAUUAGCCUUAUACCAACCGGUUAAAAAAAAACCACCCAAUAACUGGCAAAUUGAAAUCGCUCUAACCACGAACCGUCUCUGAAUCUGACCGACCACCAUUCUUCUCGCGCCGGCGAUUUCACUGUUUACAGAGAAAUCUCGAGAACCCUAACCUGGGUCUCUCUAGAUUUCUUUGAAAUUUCGAGAAUCUAGGGUUUCAAACUAAAAUCGAGUCCUUGAGUUUUCCCAAUUUAAAUCGUUAUGAGCUCUAUCAAUAUCACUAACGUCACCGUCUUGGACAAUCCUGCUCCGUUUGUGAAUCCAUUCCAGUUCGAGAUUUCUUACGAAUGCUUGACCUCUCUCAAAGACGAUUUGGAAUGGAAGCUUAUAUACGUAGGGUCAGCUGAAGACGAAACGUAUGAUCAAGUUUUGGAAAGUGUUCUUGUUGGUCCUGUUAACGUUGGGAACUAUCGAUUUGUGUUGCAGGCUGACUCUCCAGAUCCGUUAAAGAUUCGUGAGGAAGAUAUUAUUGGUGUUACUGUGUUAUUGUUGACUUGCUCAUACAUGGAUCAAGAGUUUAUAAGAGUUGGCUAUUAUGUGAACAAUGACUAUGAUGAUGAACAGCUCAGGGAAGAGCCUCCUACCAAGGUUUUGAUUGAUAAGGUCCAAAGGAACAUACUCACAGACAAACCUAGAGUAACUAAGUUCCCUAUCAACUUUCAUCCUGAGAAUGAGCAGACUCUUGGUGAUGGGCCUGCACCUACUGAACCAUUUGCUGAUUCUGUUGUAAAUGGAGAAGCUCCGGUGUUUCUUGAGCAGCCACAAAAGCUUCAGGAGAUAGAACAAUUUGAUGAUUCUGAUGUAAAUGGAGAAGCUAUAGCGUUGCUUGAUCAGCCACAAAAUCUCCAGGAGACAUGAUUCUUGUUUGACUCAAGCUUAACUGGAAACUGGAUUAGAACUAUCAUCUCAAUUCUAAUCGAAAGAUUUGUAUUUUUGUUUCUUUUAUCUGGAACUUGAACUCCAGUUGUGUUACUGUUUGUAGAAAUUUAAGUUCUUCUUGCAACAUCCCUAUACUGUGCUAUGUUCAGAGUUCUUAGUUCCCAUUCUUCUUGUUAUCCUAGUGGCUAAUGCAAGCAGAUCAUUGCAAACACUAACAAUUCACUUGAAGAUAGUUGUUUAAGAAAUGCAC